AUGCACCUACCAGUCAAUGCAGUCGCGUUGGUAACUGCCCUUUCCUCGAAUAUGCACUGUGGGACAAAACGAACCAAUAUCAAACAUGCUGCUCUAAUGCUCAAUUCCAAAGGCUUAUUCAACAAAAAUGGCGACCUUUACAUUGAAAUUCUAGUGGAUAACGUGGUUGCCUAUAAGACAAAAACUUGUCUCAAGAACUGGAAUCCAACCUGGAAUGAAACCGCUUCCGUUGUCGUAUCGCCUAAUUCAAAGAUUCGCAUUCGUGUAUUUAAUCAUUUUAAAUACCGUCCAGAUAUUCUAAUUGCUGCUGGGGGCAUAGACUUAUUUCGCUUGCUUGAGGAGUACAACGGCGUUCGGCCGUUGACUUUAGUAGUCUCAGAUUGUGAGCUCAAGCUUCCUCUCUCACGUGGAUCUGAACAUCGCGGAUCAGUUUUGCUCAUUUUUGACAAACUGAACAUUAGGAACGGCGAUCCACUUCACAGUCGAUUGCGGGCAAACGGAGACCCUCCUGCCAUCACAAACGGUCCAACCACUUCCUUUAACCUUCCAACAAAUUCGACCCAACGCCAAAGUUCAUCUUCAGCGAAUCUCCCAGACAGCGGUGCCUUAACUGCAAAUGGAAUUUCAAACUCUGCAGCCUCUUCCGCGGAUAUGGCUCGGUCAACAUCGAGCGUAUCCACAAUGACCAGCUCAAAUGGUCGGGCUCCACUCAGAACCUCAAAUCGAAGUUCACUGCGUUUGACACCAAUGGACGUCAUCGAAGACAGCUUCUGGCCGUCGCUUAUUGGCUCCCUCUUUGGACUUCAGCCUAUAUCUUCUAGCAGUUUGGCUGCUCGGCCGUUACCAAGCUCAUCAUCCAGUAGCGCGGACUCCAGCAGAGACAACCGUCUGACCCUUCCCGAUAGACAGCGUCCUCGGGCUGAUUGGACAGAAGCUGGAGAGUGGUGGAUAUUGGAUACCGGGAGCUCUUCACCCACUGCGUUACCCACCUCUGCCUCGACAUCCCCAUCCUCUGCCAAACACUCUAAAUUGACCUCCUACUUCAAACAGCAGACAUUUUCUGAUAGCCGGCCUCUACCUAUGGGCUGGGAACGUCGAAUCGAUCCGGCUUCUCAGCGCAUCUACUACGUGAAUCAUAUCAGUAAAAUAACCCAAUGGGAAGAUCCUCGGGAACGUGGCAUGGAUGAGACUCAACCAUUGCCUCGGGGCUGGGAGAAGCGCUACACGCCGCAAGGACAACGCUUUUUCAUCGAUCACAACACGCGCACAACAACUUUUAUCGACCCACGUACAGGGCAGCAUGCAGGGUCCCUCGGAAGUCUGGGCGUUCCGUUACAGUACGAACGCAAUUUCCGUGCCAAGUUGGACUACUUUCGCGCAUGCUGUGCGCACGCAAUGAUCGGCGGUCAGACAAAGAUCCUAGUUUCCCGAGACAAUUUGUUGGAGGAUUCAUUUCAACUUGUUUCUCAGAUGACUGCUACAAACUUACGUAGGCGUCUUUCCAUCACAUUCCUUCACGAGGAAGGCCUUGACUACGGAGGUGUGGCAAGAGAAUGGUUCUAUCGUCUUUCGCGCGAAAUUUUCAACCCCAUGUUUGGACUAUUUGAAUAUACCGGUAAAAACUAUGGUUUGCAAAUCAAUCCGGGAUCACAUGUCAAUCCAAACCAUCUUAGCUAUUUCCGGUUCGUCGGUCGGUUCAUCGGCAUGGCCCUUUUCCACGGCCGUUGCAUUGACGGAGGACUCACUCUGACAUUUUAUAAGCGGAUUCUUGGUCGCAAACUCACCUUAGAAGACCUGGGGCUCACAGACCAUGAGUAUUACCAGUCACUUGUUUUUAUCAGAGACAACAACAUUGACAAAUGCGAUUUGGAGCUGUACUUCGUUGCAAGCUACGACCUUUUAGGUGCUCUACAUGAGGAUGAACUUAUCGAAGGUGGCAAGAAUAUCAAAGUAACCGAGGCCAACAAGAUGGAAUACAUCAGCCUAAUGGUCGAUUGGCGUUUUUCUCGUGGAAUCAGCAAGCAAACUGAGGCAGUACACAAAGGCAUUCAUGAAGUACUGGAACCACAAUGGCUUCAACUAUUCGAUGAGCGUGAACUAGAACUCUUGUUAUCUGGAAUGCCGGAGAUUGAUGUGGCCGAUUGGGAGAAGAAUACUGUCUACCUGAAGUAUACCCGAUCAAGCAAACAGAUUGUCUGGUUCUGGAAAUCCGUUUGCACCAACAGUUCCACACAAUUCAAAGUCAAUUUUCAGACAAAAAAUCCGAUCGGUUUGGUUAUCUUCAAUAGUUACAACCUGAAGCAAAUAAAGCAAGCUGCUACUGCUUUCUCACUGGAUUCCCCCACCCCCAAAUCCACGUAUAACAUCGGUGGAGAAAAGGUCAGUCUUUGUCUUUCAUGGUUUGGGGGGAAGUUCUGUGUUUCCCCCGUCACUGUGGGACACGCUGCCGCUGAUGGCCCGUAUCUCAAGGAGGCCAUGGAAGAAGAGCUACGAAAUUCACAGGACGAAGACGCAGAAGCCUUCAAGCAUCUUCCUUGUGAUGUAGCAACAGAAGUUGAAGAUCUGUUGGAAGAUAUUCCUCAGGAAAAUCCGUAUGACGCCCUUCGAGCGGCCGUCGUAAGUAGGAAAGGGAAAUCAGAAGACAAGAUGCUACGGGAUCUAUUCACCACUGUCGAACUUGGGGACAGAUCGCCAUCACAAAUGCUUCGCCACAUGCGCAGUCUCCUCUGUGGUCUUAAGCUAGCGGUGGAAAUAAUGGCCCAACUAUUGCUUGACAAUCUCCCACCCUCCAUGUCCCACGUCAUCAACGCUUUCGUUGAUGACCACAGAUUAGAGCAGCUGGCCCAAAUGGCAGAUAAGAUACACGAAACAUACCCCAGUUGCCCCGCAAACUCCGUCUCCCGCCCUGCACCCACCACAGAUUCCGACCCGCUCCUUGCAUCUAUAUCGCACCUACAAGCCAAGUUUGACGCUUUGACCGAUCGCUUGCAACGGUUAGAGAUCAACAGGCAUCGACCACGUUCACGAUCCAGAUUGUUAUCUCGUGCCCGUCCCUCUUGGUGCUGGUAUCACCAAUCUUAUGGCCCAAAAGCACGCAAGUGUCAACGACCUUGUUCCUUCAAGCCGCCUUCAAGCCCUUGA